AUGAACGAAUAUUAUACCUUUACUGGAACUCUAGUUAACGGUCACUUUGGACAACACAGCCAAGAUCAAGUACCAAUAGUACAUCAACCUUACUGUGGUCACUGCUACCCACCACCUGAAGAAUACUCUUGGGCCUUCUACAGAUUUGUAGUUUGGACAGCAACCCACAGCGCCAUCAGCUACACCGGACUUACAAACCAAUUCUUCAACGAACUCGUGACACGUGAUCAAGACGAAAUACAUCCCAACCGAAUCCGUCAAAGAAUCGUACGACUGCUAAAUACACUACUAUUCCGGGAACCAUUGUUAAUCGAAGAUCAGACACGUUUAGUAGUCAAUACACUAAACGCAUUCAGAGAUACGCGGAAUUUCGAGCGUACAAGCCCGGACAUCGAAAUCGAAGAGGUUGAGAAUAAUUCCGACGAAUAUUAUUCGGAAACACGAUAUUCGAUAGACGACGAGGAAGAUUUAAUUAACAACGACUUCAUCGAAGAAGGAGAAACUCCACCACCACAAUAUCAAACUCGAAUACCAACUCCAAGAACUCCAACACCUGAAAGACCAAUGGCAAACGCACAGAAUCCCGACAAUCGUUGGAAUAACAAUGGAAGUAAUAAUAAUAAUCGAAAUAAUUGGCGUAGCCGAAAUAAUGGAAUCCCCAAUCAACAAAACAAUGGCCGUCCGAGUUUGGAAAAUCGAUCGUCAAACAAUGGACAAACAGGCGAUCAUAAAAAUGUAGAAAAAGCAUUGUUAGUUCAGAUACAAGAAUUAACCAAAGCAAUCCAAAAAAAAGAAGAAGAUAAUACUUCCCGUUCAACAGCCCUUUUAGCAGAACACGAAUAUUUGGCCGGAGAGCGAAAGAGGACUCGUAUCAACGAAGCCGGUGGAUCUAUGGAUGCAACCGAGGAUCUUUCGGAAUCCGCUCUAGAACCAAGGAUAAAAGAAGAAAAAUUAGAAAUCGACGAAUUGGAGCAGAUCGAAGCUCAAACUAGAACACUAAUCAACGAGCUCAAGGACACUUAUCAACAAAGACAAAUGGAAACGAUCAACGGGCUGUUCAAAAUCUCGGGCGAAAAACCAAGUCGUUCAACGCCGCCGCUAGAGAUUCAAGAAAUCCAAAAAACUUUCUCUGAACUCUUCGAUUAUUUGCGGGAAGCCGAAAAAGAAGUGCAGACGAUGGAAGGAAAAUGA